AUGUGCCCUGGCGCUGACCACGAGGCCAAUGGCGCCCCCGCCGUCGCAAAUGGUGCCGCUGCCAAUGGCGACCACCCCGGUUUUGUCGGCAUUGAGACUCGCCAAAACCCCCACCCCGCCACCCGCAAUCCCUACGGCCACAACGUCGGCGUGACCGACUUCCUGAGCAACGUCUCCCGCUUCCAAAUUAUUGAGAGCACCCUCCGUGAGGGCGAGCAGUUCGCCAAUGCCUUCUUUGACACUGAGAAGAAGAUUGAGAUCGCCAGGGCUCUUGACGACUUCGGUGUUGACUACAUCGAGCUUACCUCCCCCUGUGCCUCGGAGCAGUCCCGUGCCGAUUGCGAGGCCAUCUGCAAGCUCGGCCUGAAGGCUAAGAUCCUCACUCACAUUCGCUGCCACAUGGAUGAUGCCCGUGUUGCCGUUGAGACCGGUGUCGACGGAGUCGAUGUCGUCAUUGGUACCUCGUCCUACCUCCGUGAGCACUCUCACGGCAAGGACAUGACCUACAUUAAGAACGCCGCCAUUGAAGUUAUCGAAUUCGUCAAGUCUAAGGGCAUUGAGAUCCGUUUCUCCAGUGAGGACUCCUUCCGUUCCGACCUGGUCGACCUUCUCUCCAUCUACUCCGCCGUCGACAAGGUCGGUGUCCAGCGUGUUGGUAUCGCCGACACCGUCGGCUUCUACGAGCUCGUCCGUGUUCUCCGCGGUGUCGUGGGCUGCGAUAUCGAAACUCACUUCCACAACGACACUGGCUGCGCCAUCGCCAAUGCCUACUGCGCCCUUGAGGCCGGUGCCACCCAUAUCGAUACCUCCGUUCUCGGUAUCGGUGAGCGCAACGGUAUCACCCCUCUUGGUGGCCUGAUGGCCCGCAUGAUGGUGGCCGACCCCGAGUACGUCAAGAGCAAGUACAAGCUGGAGAAGCUCAAGGACAUCGAGGACCUGGUCGCCGAGGCCGUCGAGGUCAACAUCCCCUUCAACAACUACAUCACCGGAUUCUGCGCCUUCACCCACAAGGCCGGUAUCCACGCCAAGGCUAUCCUGAACAACCCCAGCACCUACGAGAUCAUCAACCCCGCCGACUUCGGCAUGACCCGCUACGUGCACUUCGCCUCGCGUCUGACCGGCUGGAACGCCAUCAAGUCGCGUGCCCAGCAGCUCAAGAUCGACCUCACUGACGCCCAGUGCAAGGAGUGCACUGCCAAGAUCAAGGCUCUGGCUGAUAUCCGUCCCAUCGCCGUCGAUGACGCUGACUCCAUCAUCCGCGCUUACCACCGUAACCUCAAGUCUGGCGAGGACAAGCCCCUCAUGGACUUGUCGCCCGAGGAGCAGGCCGCAUUCGCUGCCAAGGAGAAGGAGCUUGUCCAGGCCCAGGCUGCCGGUCUCCCCGUCAACUAA